GAAAAAAUGGUAAGGAAGAUUGGGUUGGGACCGCCAAGUGUGCUUACCCAAGAAUGAGUGUAGGAUACAAGUAGAAAAAAAGGCGAAAGCAGCUUAAAAGUAGCCAAAAGCUAUCUACCAUCCAUCUCUCUCUCCUCUCUCUCUCUCUCUUGCUAAGAAAAGCAAGAUAGAAAUCUAACCUAAAGCUCAUUUUCUGAAAACUACAAAGCAAAGGACCAAAAACAAAAAAAGAAAAAAAGAAAAAAGAAAAAAAUAUACAAGGGACUUCUCUCUCUUUUCUCAAGCUAGCUAGCUUCAAAGCUCUCUCUCUCUCUCUCUCUAUUUUCUUUACCCAUAUCUACCUCUAAUGUCAAAUGAAGAGAGAGAUCCUUAUAACCACUACGAUCCUUUCAAUUACAGCCACCAAGAGAUGGAUCGCUCAUGUUUUCCAUUCUUCAAUGACAAUUCCUCCUCACUCCUACAGAAUCAUCAUCAUCAACAAGUAGUAACCCCACAAAACCAUCAAGUGUUUGACAGUAAUCCUUCAUACAUGAGCUUCACAGACUGUCUUCAUGGUUCUAUGGACUACAACAUCCUUUCAAGAGCUUUCGAUAUGUCGUGCUCGUCGUCCGAAGUGAUAUCUCAGAUCGACGACGGUUCCAAGAAGGCAGUCGGAGAGUCGGUUGGGACAAGUGAAAAUAAUAACCCUUCCACACCCAAUUCUUCCAUAUCUUCUUCAUCCAAUGAAGCUCCUGCGACUGCUGCUGCUGAAGAAGAUUCGGUUAAGAGCAAGAAAGAAAAGAACCCAAAAGGGUCUGAGGAAGGAGAUGAUGAAGAUAAGUCAAAGAAAGUGACCAAGACAAAAAAGAAAGAGAAACGGCAAAGAGAACCACGGUUUGCUUUCUUGACUAAGAGCGAGGUCGAUCACCUUGAAGAUGGAUAUAGAUGGAGGAAAUAUGGACAGAAAGCAGUCAAGAACAGCCCUUAUCCAAGGAGCUAUUAUAGGUGCACCACGCAGAAGUGCGGCGUGAAGAAGCGCGUGGAAAGAUCAUACCAAGAUCCAUCAAUUGUGAUCACCACCUAUGAAGGUCAACACAACCAUCAAUGUCCGGCAACUCUCCGGGGAAAUGCCACCGGGAUGUUGUCCACAUCCCUUUUGGCAUCGGCGGCAUCUGGUAGGCCGAGCUUGCCACAUGAAUUCUUGACUCAGUUUCUUCCAAUGAAUCAUCAUCAUCAUCAUCAUCAUCAACAUAAUCAAGCAGGUCAGCAGCCAAGUAAUUCUAUGCUAUACUCAAACCUCAAUAUCCACAACCACCAUCAGCAGCAACUUCAAGUUCCUCCUGAUUUUGGGUUAUUGCAAGACUUAGUUCCCUCAUUUAGUCACAAGCAGCAGCUUGAUCCAUGAUCAAUUCCUAUAAAUAUAUAUAUAUAUAUAUAUAUAUAUAAAUGUAGGGGAUAAUAUAAUAUAUUAUUAUUAUAUAUAAAUAUAUAUGCAUUUUUUAUUGUAAUUCAUUGUUGUUUAAUUGUUAGAAUGCUAUGGGUUUAACCUUUUCUAA